CGUGGGGACGGACGCAUAGGGGUGGCGUGCAUGCGUGCGUGCCCGAACGACGGAGAGUCGCGCAGAGACAGCGAGAGCUAUUAUCAUCGGGUAGCGCCGGGAACAAUCGAACGUCGUCGUCGGGACGUCGUCGCGUCGGCAGGUGCACGAGGGGGUUGUUUGAGUGUUGGCCACUGGGGCGCGGGGUGCGCGCGGAAGCGAGCGGGUGAGCUUACAAGGCGGGUGACGUCACGUGGCGGACGGCGGACCAAUCCGGGUCGCGCGCUCCACUCCUGCCAGCCAGUCGGUUUUCCGGCUGCUAGACCAGGCGGACGCCAUAUUGCCCGUGGCCGAGUGGUGGCGGCGGCCGCCUGUGUGUGUUUAUAUCGUCGUUACGCGGUUUCCGCACGUUUUCGCAUCCGUGGGUCGUCGCGCCGCGGAUUCCCGUCGUCGCUGGCGUGACGCGUUACGAGCUGGUGCGCGCGUCCGCGAAUGUGUCGUGCGCGAAACGGGUGGCCGUACGGUUAAUCGCGACAACAAAUAGUGGUGCGCGCGGCAUCCGUCGUGUUUCUCGAAUCCUCACGCGGAUUCUCGGUGCGGUGUUCGUUCCGGGCGUACGUAGUACGAAGUGUGACAGAUCGCGACGGGCAGUAGUCGUGCCUCGUUGUCGUCCGCGCCGCUCUCUCUCGCUGCUCCAGUCACCGAGAGAUUCACCAUCUCUCUGUCUCUGUCUCGCUCUGUCCUUCUCUCUCCCCCGCCGCUCCGUAUUGGACCGUUCCGGAGCACCGAUAGCGCCUGCUGAAGUUGCCGUGUUCUCGUCGCUCGUCUCGUCGCAUCACCCCCUGCAAGGACCUUCACUGCGGAAGGAUGCCAGUGCGUAAACAAGGUGAUACACUCUCGCGUAUGAUAGAAGACGCGGCAAUGAAGGACGAAAGAGGAGAUGACGCGCCUGAUAAUGAGAGCAAUGAAUGGGAAGUGGGGCGAGAGCGUGAGUCUAAUCGCUUUGUCGACUGUCAAGAAGUUCCUGUAACUAUGGGCUUCACGCAUCGUCCAGCCCGAAAGAAUACAGAAGCUCACCGAGCUCUGGAGCUCCUCGAGGAUUACCAUGCCAAACUGACGAGGCCACAAGAUAAGCAGCUGCGAUUAGCUAUUGAGCGCGUCAUACGUAUUUUCAAGAGCAGACUCUUCCAGGCGCUGCUGGGUAAGUAAAAAUGUAUAUUCUCCGUUUUCCUUCAACGGAAGAAAAACUAAGUUCAAAUUACUUCGUAAACUCCACAUGAGAAAAUGUAAGUCUGCUAUAUCACAAAUAUGAUUUCUUAAUAUAACAUCGUAAUUGCGCAUGUUGAAACUAUUAUUAAACGUAUUAAUUACUUUAAAAUACCCAGAUAGGUUUGAUUAAUAAAGUUUUUUUGGAUAUUUUAAAGGAAUUAAUACGUUUAAUAGUUUUUAUAA